GCAGAAAAUGAAGAGCCGUAUUUGUGACCUGAUUUGCCCAUUUGGGCAGCCAGCCAGCUUACACAUCAUUUGCAGAAGUCAGUCGGUGGGAUGGUGUGCAACUGGACGGCAAUGAAGGCAGCUGCCAAGGUUAUUGUGUGCGUGUGGUCACAGCUGCAGUAACGGCGGCAAGGUGCUAAGGACAGGAAAAGAAGCAGCAGUUGUGGUGGGGCGUCUUUUCCAGGAGGCAUGUUUGUGCUUUCACUUAUACUGGGCAGAGCACGUAGCUGGAUGUCAGGUUGGAGCAGGAGUGAGACUUACUCAUAGAUUAUCUGGAAUCACAUUUUUCCUUUCUGUAUUUUUAUUUUGGUUAUUUGAGUUAAACUGAAGUACGUACUGAAAGUUUCAUUGUCCUUGAUACGGCAGAAGAGACUGAAAAAGGAAUGUUUACCCUUGCAGAAGUUGCAUCGCUCAAUGACAUCCAGCCAACCUAUCGUAUCUUGAAACCAUGGUGGGAUGUAUUUAUGGAUUAUCUAGCAGUCGUUAUGUUAAUGGUUGCCAUUUUUGCUGGGACCAUGCAACUGACCAAAGACCAGGUGGUCUGCUUGCCAGUUUUGCAGUCUACUAUAAACUCAAAAGCACAACCCAGCACAUCAGGGAAGGCUGACUUUACCACUGUUGAAACAACCACUGGUCAAGGAGAAGCAUCAACAAGAACGGUUUCUUUUGGAAGUGCCCCUACUGUAACACCUGAUGUACCUCUGAGCAGAGCUACCUCUCCUCAGUAUCAACCCACUGAAUCAGGUCAGGAGCUGAAGAAGGAGCAGAAGGAUUCUUCAGGCCGUAAAACAAAUUUGGAUUUUCAGCAAUAUGUAUUUAUUAACCAGAUGUGCUAUCAUUUGGCUCUUCCUUGGUAUUCAAAAUAUUUUCCCUAUCUUGUUCUCAUCCAUACCAUUAUUUUAAUAGUCAGUAGCAAUUUUUGGUUCAAGUAUCCCAAGACCUGCUCAAAAAUUGAGCAUUUUGUGUCCAUAUUAGGGAAGUGCUUUGAGUCCCCCUGGACUACAAAAGCACUGUCUGAAACAGCAUGUGAGGACUCUGAGGAGAACAAACAGAGGUUAACUGGUGCGCAGUCCCUGCCCAAGUAUGUUUCCACUAGCAGCGAUGAAGGAAGCCCAAGUGCCAGCACUCCCAUGAUAACAAAGUCUGGCUUCAAAUUUUCGGCUGACAAGCCAAUGAUUGAAGUUCCCAGUGUCACUAUUUUAGAUAAAAAAGAUGGAGAACAAGCCAAAGCGCUGUUUGAGAAAGUCCGUAAGUUCAGGGCUCACGUGGAGGACAGUGAUCUGAUUUACAAACUCUAUGUUGGCCAGACUAUCAUCAAGACUUUCAAGUUCAUAUUUAUUCUCUGCUAUACUGCAAACUUUGUCAACACCAUUAGUUUUGAACACAUCUGCAACCCGAAAGUGGAACACCUGAUUGGCUACACGCAGUUUGAAUGUACGCACAACAUGGCUUACAUGUUGAAGAAGCUGCUUAUCAGCUAUAUUUCUCUCAUUUGUGUCUAUGGUUUUAUCUGUCUCUACACACUCUUCUGGCUGUUCCGAAUACCCUUAAAAGAAUAUUCCUUUGAAAAGGUCCGAGAAGAGAGUAGUUUCAGUGAUAUCCCUGAUGUCAAAAAUGACUUUGCGUUUCUUUUGCAUAUGGUGGAUCAGUACGACCAGCUUUAUUCUAAAAGGUUUGGUGUCUUCUUGUCAGAGGUAAGUGAGAACAAACUACGUGAAAUUAGUUUAAACCACGAAUGGACGUUCGAAAAGCUGCGGCAGCACGUUUCCCGCAAUGCCCAGGAUAAGCAGGAGUUGCACCUUUUCAUGCUGUCGGGGGUCCCUGAUGCAGUCUUUGAUCUGACGGAUCUGGAUGUGUUAAAACUGGAGCUGAUUCCUGAAGCGAAAAUCCCAGCAAAAAUCUCCCAGAUGACAAAUCUUCAGGAGCUUCAUCUGUGCCACUGCCCUGCGAAGGUCGAGCAGACUGCCUUCAGCUUCCUCCGGGACCAUUUGAGAUGCCUUUAUGUAAAAUUCACAGAUGUCGCAGAAAUUCCUGCGUGGGUGUAUUUGCUCAAAAACCUCCGUGAAUUGUAUUUGAUAGGCAACUUGAACUCUGAAAACAAUAAAAUGAUAGGGCUUGAGUCUCUCAGAGAGUUGAGACACCUUAAAAUUCUCCAUGUGAAGAGCAAUUUGACCAAAAUCCCCCCCAAUAUCACAGAUGUGGCACCGCAUCUGACAAAACUGGUCAUUCAUAAUGACGGCACUAAGCUCGUGGUACUUAAUAGCCUUAAGAAGAUGAUGAAUGUUGCGGAGUUGGAACUGCAGAACUGUGAACUGGAGAGAAUUCCCCAUGCUAUCUUCAGCCUCUCUAACUUACAGGAACUGGAUUUAAAAUCAAAUAGCAUACGCACAAUUGAAGAAAUCAUUAGUUUCCAGCACUUAAAAAGAUUUACUUGUUUAAAGCUGUGGCACAAUAAAAUAGUCAACAUUCCUUCCUCCAUUACCCACGUAAAGAACUUAGAGUCUCUUUACCUCUCCAAUAACAAACUCGAAUCCUUACCAGCCGCAGUGUUCAGUUUACAGAAACUUAGAUGUUUAGAUGUAAGCUACAACUCAAUUGCAGUGAUUCCAGUGGAAAUAAGUUUGCUUCAAAAUCUGCAGCAUUUUCACAUCACAGGAAACAAAGUUGAUGUUUUGCCAAAACAGUUGUUUAAAUGUGUAAAAUUGAGGACUUUGAGUCUGGGACAAAACUGUAUUACCUCAAUCCCAGAUAAAGUUGGUCAACUAUUGCAGCUGACUCAUCUGGAACUGAAGGGAAACUGCUUAGACCGUCUGCCAGCCACGCUGGGGCAGUGUCAGCUUCUCAGGAAAAGUGGGCUUGUUGUGGAAGAUCACCUCUUUGACACUUUGCCCUCAGAAGUUAAAGAGGUAUUGAACCAAGACACAAACAUUCCCUUUGCUAAUGGGAUUUAAGCUGAGGUGAAAUGCUCGAGUAGCUAACUUCCAAACAGUAGAUGCUAAAAAGUGUGGCUAUUGUGAGACCAUGCGUUUUUAGAAAGCAGAAUUCCUUGGAAGGCAAGACUACUAGCGGGAUUAUAAGAGAUGUAACUGAGUGUUCAAUGUUUGCAGUGUUUUAAAAGAUUAUUUCCAAAAUUUUUGAGAGGAUAAAAAAACCCUUAAUAAUCUCAAUUCUUUUUUCCUUAAAUUGUUUGUAACUUGGAUGCUGCCGCUUUUGAAUGUUUACAAAUUUGCUUGCCUGCUUAAAGUAAAUGAUUGAAUUGAUGACCUUUUCUUACUAUGCAAGUUAUUCUUUAAGGUCUGGAUUUACUUUAGUGCAUUAUGGGAGGAAAAACAAAGAUAAGUGUUGUAUGUGGAAUGGUUCUAACAGCACUUGAAACACACGUUGGUGUGUUGUUAGUGUUUAGCCAUUCUCAGCAAAUGAAGCCACCAUUUUCCUGCACUAAGGUAUGUGGUUUGCAUGGGGCCAAAUGUGUUUGCCCUCAUUCUUCAUCCUCAAGGCCUCAUGGUUUUGGAUGAGAUCUGUCUAUGACCUAGUGAGACUCCUUCAGAGCUGUGAGGACCUGUCCUGUUCCACAGCUCCUCUACCCCAGCUUCCCUAAGGCUCCUUUGUCCUGAGCAGUGGGGGGUGGUAGAAGGGAGAGUAGUGCCACUGGCCUUUCAAGUUGGGGAUAGUUUUGGCAUUUGAACUGUUCUGCACGGUAACUUUUGAGAGUCAUUAAACAGCAGGUGACUUUAUUGCUGGUGUUUUGCUCCUCUUCAGAGUUUCCAUCUGGGAAACUCGAGACGUUUUACAAGAGUCAGUGAUUGUUUUGUUUCACAGCCCUUGCCUAGGAACAGGGCUGUCUGCUCUAUUUUCCAGACUAAUGACAGAGACUUAGAAUUUACUCAAACGUGAUUUAGCUUUAUCACCUAUUGUAGCAUAUCUUCCACACAUAGACUAUAACAGUAGGAUACCCUUAUCCCAGCCCCAGUAAUUUGAUAUUUUUGAACAUUUAUGCACUGUUAGAAAACCCUAAAUGUGUGCCAGAUAAGUAAUCAAUAAAGAAAAAAGCAGACAGCAGUGAGCGUGGGAUUUUUUUUUGUUUGGUUGGUUUUGGUGAUUUUUUUUCUUUUUCAACUGAGCUUGCAUUGCCAGAACCAUUAAAGAAAUACAAUCCAUUAAAUCUGCAAAGUCAUCGGUUCUAAAUCCUGGCCACUUACAUUCCAUGUGUGCAGAAAAGAAGUACUAUGCUGAGAGAUGAUUACAUGAUUACUCAUGGUUUAAACACAAUUCCCUAUUGUAGUGUGGUCAGGACUGAACUAGUCUGUCGUUCAAGGGACCAUUCUCACACACAAAUCCUCAUGCACAGCGAUUUCUACUGUAGCUUCACCAGAGCUGCCCUGACUUACACCACUAUUAGCGAGGGGAUAGUUUAGGCCUAGGGGCAUUGAGCAGUCAGAAAUAAUUUAAAUACUGCUCUUAUGAUUCUUGCACAUUUUAUUGUUAAUCAUUUACUAUUAGUCAUGCUGGGAUGACUGUUCUCAGCUGUCUGUAGCAGUCUCCGAAUACAUACCUACACCAUAUGUUUAUGUGUAUCAGAAGACUGGUUAAUGAACGGUGGUUUUCCCACUUCUUUUGGGAUAUAGUCUGUUUUCUCCUUGCCAGCUGCUGGUAAACUUGGGAUGUUGACAGUUCUGCAGCACCAAGCCACAGGUUUGGCAGAACACUUGCAGUUACUGAUCUCCACUGGGAAAUGUUUGUGCUAAUUCUCAGAGUAUUUUUUUUUGAAUAGGAAUUGUUAAGGCUGCAGUGGAUUUUUUGUUCUGCUUUCAAGAAACUAUUUUUGCACAUAGAUCACUUUAAAAUUGCUGGACUAAUAACUCUUAGAAAAACUGUGGAAUAUAAUAUUGGUGUAUGCAUUAUAUUUGCUGCUGACUGCCAUUUCAGUUUCCAAGAAAUUGUGUCUAGGAGGGAGGAAGAGUUGGAAGAUGGCAAAGUAAUUAAAACAUUUAGAACCAUUUUUAUAUUUUUAAUCUUUUUUUCCCCUUAUUUUAUUAGCAGUGUCAGACAGAAUGCAGCCACGGACCGAUCCUGCUUUUUUUUAAAGCUUUUUUGGGUGUUUCUGAUGCUCCUAGUGUCCCUACGUUGUUCAAAAAUAAGCCCAUGUUCACUUAAUAUGAGUAGGGUAUGAAUAAAUUAGAUCCCUGUAUGACUAGUUAUUAGCCAGUUGUAUUCAUUUAGGCAACUUCCUCCCAAAUAAGUGUGUUUUAACUUCAGGCUUGUGAUGCUCACUCAGCAUAACCUCCAUUCCUGUUUUUAGGAGAACUUUCUCAGUGUGGGGAGGAACUGCCCAUCUUCCCCAGGUCACCUCCCUCCCCAGUCCUUCCUCCUCUCUGUGACUGUUUAUAAUGUUCCCGUUUCCUGCCUGUCAACUGACACAGUUUUGCUUUAAGGUCUUGGAAGUUCAUCUCUUUUCCGUGUAAGGCAUGUGAAACAUGUUUUGCAUUUCUAUUUGAUUUAAUAAAUAAGAUGUUUAUAUCUUC